ACACAGCACAACACCAUUGUUUCCAUUUUUCAAGCCUACAUAUACAACACUACUUUCAGUUUUUUCUGUCUCUGAAUCUCAAACUCUUCGGAAAGAUUAACAUUAAUGGCUCCAAGGGAUAUCAAUAGAUCCAACGUUGUUGUUGUUGCCGGAAUAUCCAACCCGGCCCAUAAAGAGAUCCGUUACCGCGGCGUGAGGAAGCGGCCGUGGGGCCGCUACGCCGCCGAGAUCCGCGACCCAGGCAAGAAGACACGCGUGUGGCUAGGAACGUUUGAUACGGCGGAGGAGGCGGCGCGUGCGUAUGACACGGCGGCGCGUGAGUUCCGCGGCACGAAGGCGAAGACCAAUUUCCCCACCCACGCGGCGGCGGCGCGUAGUCCCAGCCAGAGCAGCACGCUGGACUCCUCGUCUCCGCCGCCGCUGGACCUUACUCUUGCCGCCCCACUCGCCGCCGCGGGCGCGUUGGUGUUCCCGGUGGCGCGUCCCGUGGUGUUCUUCGACGCGUUUGCGCGUGCCGAGGUGCGCGCGUCGUUCGAUCUUCCCGUGGCGGCGUUCAGCGACUCGGACUCGUCCUCGGUCGUGGACUACGAGCGGGUCCCACAUCGGAAAGUGUUGGAUCUUGACCUUAAUGUCCCUCCUCCGCCCGAGGUUGCCUGAACCGGCAAAAGAUCCGGUUUUAACGCGGCUCGGUUUUUUUCUCUCUAUCUGAGAAUGAUGAUUAUCAAGUUAUCAUUGUAGUUGACAUGGUGCUAGAGUUUAUGUACAUAGAUUAUAAUUAACCAAACAAAAAAAAAAAAGCAGGCUUAUGUUUUUUCUCUAUUCUGCUUUUUUAUUUUCUCAAUGGAAGAAGGGAUUUCUUACCUCA